UUCCGCAAGCUGCGCAGCGCCGGGCCUGAGGGCGUGUAUCCGCGGCCGUAGCAGCCGGGCUGGUCCUGCUGCGAGCCGGCGGCCCGGAGUGGGGCGGCGGCAUGUACCUUCCACAUUGAGUAUUCAGAAAGAAGUGAUCUGAACUCCGACCAUUCUUUAUGGAUACAUUAAGUCAGAUAUAAGAGUCUGACUACUUGACAGACUGGCUCGAGCAAACAUGAAUGUUGGAGUUGCCCACAGUGAAGUGAAUCCAAAUACCCGUGUCAUGAACAGCCGGGGUAUGUGGCUGACAUAUGCAUUGGGAGUUGGCUUGCUUCAUAUUGUCUUACUCAGCAUUCCCUUCUUCAGUGUUCCUGUUGCUUGGACUUUAACAAAUAUUAUACAUAAUCUGGGGAUGUACGUAUUUUUGCAUGCAGUGAAAGGAACACCUUUCGAAACUCCUGACCAGGGUAAAGCAAGGCUCCUAACUCAUUGGGAACAACUGGACUAUGGAGUACAGUUUACAUCUUCACGGAAGUUUUUCACAAUUUCUCCAAUAAUUCUAUAUUUUCUGGCAAGUUUCUAUACGAAGUAUGAUCCAACUCACUUCAUCCUAAACACAGCUUCUCUCCUGAGUGUGCUAAUUCCCAAAAUGCCACAACUACAUGGUGUUCGGAUCUUUGGAAUUAAUAAGUAUUGAAAUGUUUUGAAACUGAACAAAAAUUUUUACAGCUACUGAAUUUCUUAUAAGGAAGGAGUGGUUAGUAAACUGCACUGUUUCUGUGAUAAUGUGAAAUGAGAAGUAUUUACAUUGGAGCGCCAAUGGCUGGUCCUUCAAGUGCUGUUUUGAAGUGCAGAUUUCCAUUAAAUGAUGCCUCUGUUUAAUACACCUGGUAUAUUUCUGAAGAGGGGGCUUUAUAAGCAGGCUGGGCAGGCCCAGCUUAUAAGUUAAAGGACAUCACAGUGAGGGUGUAGUAGAUAAAUUCAAGGAAAUAAGAGUUUUGUAAGAAACUAGGACCAGCUUAACUUAUAAUGAAUGGGCAUUGUGUUAAGAAAAGAACAUUUCCAAUCAUUCAGCCAUGGUUAUUUAAAGCAGACUUACAUGUAAAGAGGAAUCCUCUCUAUACAAGUUUAUUAAAGAUUAUUUUUAUUACCAUACAUAUUUCUCUUGUUUUAUGUAAGAGGAUGUAUAUCCUCUUGUUUUAUACAAGCCAGUUCCCACUUAUGAGGGUACUUUUUUGGUUUUGCAGGCUCAAUAUUAUGUAUUGGUCAAUGAAGCCAUUUUUACAUUUAUUACGUUACAGAGUUCAUGGAGGUUCACCUUUGUGACUGAUUGGUGAUAAAAGAUAGCCAAGUAUCUUACAAGCAGCCUCUGAGUUAGUGUUCUAAUUUUGGAACAAAGCGGGUUUUACUGCUUUUCCAGACACAAGGCUGCUAAACCAAUUAAGAAAAUAAUUUAUUUCUUUCAAGCAACUAAAAAAUAUAUGGUAAUUUAAAGGUGUCUGCUUGUUUGAACAAUUUAAUUGGGAAAGUUUGUCACCAUUUGAAAAAGGAAAUAUAAAAGGAACAACCAUAUAGCCAGCCUGUGGUCUGGCAGAAACAACGUCUCUAGCAAUAGUACCAAAGUAAGUAAUGGAGUCUUUUUUGGCAGGUCUGCGGUAAAAGAUAACAUUUUCUUUUCUUAGUCCUCCUGCUCUCAACCCCCUUAUUUUGCCCAUUAAUAUUUUGCCUAUGAUUACAUGGGUUUUAGUAUAUAUAGCCCAAAAUGGUAACUGUCUCCAGAACAGCAACCACAUUGAAUUCUUGUGACUUAGGAAAGCUUCUUAUAGUUGCUGACAUUAAUUGCAAGAAAUAACUAUAUACUACUUUGAGAAGUAAACA